AUGCAUCAGAAAUCAUGCAGGUGUAAAAGGGUGAACAUGAACAACCAGCAACCGUUCAUUGGUUUUGCGGUCAAAAAAGAUUUAUUAACACCUUUGUUUAUAAAUCGUAAACAAUUAUUUCCCAAAGAAUUGACUUAUCAACUUGAUCGAUCCCACCCCAUAUUGAACAACAACAAAAACCUCAUACAAUCAAAAAAUUUCGAACGUUAUAAAACAUUAAAAAAUUACAAGGCGACAAACAAUUUUUCAGUUGUCGCGUGUUCCAUUCAACUGACAAUAUGA